ACACGACGAUCCAGUGUUGUUGAUGAAGAAUAGAAAAUGUUCUACCAUCGAGGGAAAGUCUGCGCUAUUGAUGGGCUUUCUCAUUUAUAACGUGACUCACACCAACAUCUGCCCAUUAGUGUGCAGGCACACACACCACAAACCUGCUGUGUGUGUGUGUGUGAAAACCCAAGGGGAUUUUAUGCUCUGCCUGAGAGGGUGUAUGUGUGUGUCUGGUUAACCGUCAGAGGUGAAGGAUCAGAGGUCACAGCAGGUCGGAGGCUAGAGGUCAGGGGUCAUGUCUACUGUGGCAUUCCAGAACCUUCCUCUCAACAUUUAUAUGGUCAUCUUCGGGACCGGAGUCUUCGUCUUCGUCCUGAGCCUCAUCUUCUGCUGUUACUUCAUCAGUAAACUGAGGCACCAGGCCCAACGAGAGAGGUUUGGAUAUAAAGCGGUGGUGUUCAAAGGGGAUACAAAGAAACUCAAUCUACACGGGCAGACAUGUGCUGUGUGCUUGGAGGACUUCAGAGUGAAAGAUGAGCUAGGAGUGUUGCCAUGCCAACAUGCCUUUCACCGGAGAUGCCUGGUGAAGUGGCUGGAGGUGCGCUGUGUGUGUCCCAUGUGUAACAAGCACAUCGCUGGGCCACCUGAACAACGCCACAGCCUGGGCACACUGCUGGAUGAACUGGUGUAGUGGGUUGCUAUGACGAUGCAGCUGGAACGGACUAGUGUAGGAUGUUGCUAUGGUGGUACGACCGGAACAGACUGGUUUAGAGGUCCCGGAACGGACCAUACAUUGCUGAAGCAAAAUGACCUGACAAUCUGUUAUUAGGGACCAGUGACGAAACCACAUGACACCAUUACUAUAGGGAAACAUAGCUUCAGACUUCACACACUCAUGUAUUGAUAAGGAGAUGGGACACACGUGUGGCAGGUAGCCUAUCAGUUAGAGCUUUGGGCCAGGUUGCUUGUUUGAAUCCCCGAGCUGACAAGGUGUAAGU